AUGGCUGGCAGAACGAAUCGACGACCUUUUUGGGAAACCUCAGACGUGGAUCGGAAGCCGCCUGUGUUGCUGUUCAGGCCAAAUCAGACAAGACGAUCCCAAAACGGUACAGAUGCCUUCUUACCUUCUGGAGCCGUCGAAUAUCGUUCAGAUCCUGGCCCCAGCUGGCCUGCAAACUCCUACAGCACCAUGAGUGGCAAUGGCAGCAGUAAUACAAGGGGCAAUAUCACUGGCAAUGAUAGAUACAAUGGUAGAGUCACGAGUCUCGAUACCGACCACGAGAUUGCCGCUGCCUUUCGUUUUACUCAUGAGGGCACCCCUUUACCUUCGCUGUCAAUUUUAGCCGCGACGGAUCCCAAUUUGGGCCAAUAUAUUGCAUAUAGUCCUGCACGCCAUCCCGCCAGCCCACCAGGUCCAUCAAGAGGACAUCGCUUGCAAAGCCCCUUUGCCCCCGUUUAUCCUCCCCCCACGGCUACCGUAGCUCCUGCUGAGCUCGAUGCCGGAGCACGUCCCACGGUCUCGCCUCCACGCACGUCAGGAAAUGCUACUACGGACUGUCAUUGUCUCACUUGUUCCGAUGGUACGCCGGCCAAGUGUCUCCAGUCUCAAUUAGCUCGGCAGUCCGAGUUAUUGGACACAGCUUGGAAAGAGGAGCGCGCUCGUUCUGGGCUGUUUUGGCAGCGUGUGGAAAGCAUUCUUCGAGAAGAAACCAGAAUCACAGUGGACCAUUACCGUGAUUUGUGGGAUGCUGAAAGGACGCAGCUAAAAGCCGAGAAUGACUAUCUCAGUGAGCAGCUUAAGAGGCUGGGAGAUGAAAACCUAGUGCUCAGGGGCAAGCUCGCAGAUCAAGUCCAAGCUGGCGAGCCAAUCAUAUACGAAGGCAGUUUUCGAGGCAAUACGCCUCUAGUCGACGGCAGCCCUCCUUCGCCAGUCGUCCCCAGCCCUCUUUCGCCAAUCGUCGGCAGCCCUCUUUCGCCCGUCGGCGGCAGCCCCCCUUCACCCGUGGCUAGGCGGCAGAGCGGUGGCGCCGGUAGCUCCGAUAGCGCCCGGGACAACCGCCGGAUAUCCGGGCUGCCGGGCUGCUAUGCUCAUCUUUUCGGCCUUGGCUUACCGGCGUCCCCUCAGGUGCCAACACCUCGAAACCCGUCGCCUCCAGGCACAGCUGUGUCUCCUCCUCCGGCUUCAGCACCUCAAACUCUUCCAUCUGCGCGCAUUUCGAUGUCUCCUCAGCCUGGACAUGAUACCAUUCCCAUCAGCCCGACAUUCUCGCCCUUCUUGCCUUCUUCACCCUAUCCAGACGCGGGGGCGGCGAGCGGUGGCGUCUCGACGCCCGUGAGAAGCCCCAAGAGGCCGCUUUCCGUCAUCGAUGUCCAUGAGCUUGAUCCAAAACUUGAGGGCAUUUCUCUCAGGGCAAAUGCCGUCCGAAGAAGUACAUUUGAGGAGGCUCCUCCAGAUGGAUCGCCUCCUAGCAAAAGGCGGCGUAGCUUGUCUCAUGACUAUUACAUCGUCACCAAUGUGCAGGGAGAAGAUGAAGUAACUGAUACGAAGAAGAUUGAGGAUGAGGAGGAUGAGGAGCGACGGCUCACUAUGCAUGCCGGAUCUACUCCUCCCCCCUACUCACCCUCUUUGCCGUCUGAGAUUUUGAGGUUGCGCAGCCAAAACAGUGCAACUCCAACUGCUUCUUCUUUCCUUCCUGAAAGGUACGAUUCCCUUGAGACAGAGGAUCGCAGUGUGACUGCAACUGCGAAAGAGGAGGUGGGCGAGAGUAGCGGGGUCUCGUACUCUGAUCUUUCCAAUCAUCUCGGGCGAGCAGACUCACCAGGAGUUCUCUCAGCGGCUUCGGGCGAUGCUCCCCUGAAGGGUCCUCUGAUGAUCAAGAACAUUCCCGCUCAGGACGAGCUCUUUCUCGCUGCCUUGAACGAAAGACUUGAGCCUAUUAGCCAGGGGCAAGAUGCCCUCCCCAGGGCCGUGCAGACACCUGUUGCAGUGCCGGCGUCGUUGUCGGCGGUGCAUGGCGAGCCCUUUGAUGGUGCGGAUGCCAGCCAGACUACAGCGCCUGAUAACACAGAUAUUUCGGGGACGCAGUCUGAAAUCGACGGGGAACUUGAUGGUGCCCAUGAAAAAAUGGACCAGCCCGUUUUCCCCUGGCCAAUACCAAGCAAUAGUGGCCAGAAGAGUGAUGUCCAUGCUCAACCAAGGCGACCCGCGUAUCGUAUCAAAUAUCCUGACCAUCCUGGCUAUGGGUAUGACGGAACUGCUAUCAAAGCGGAGCCCACCGAUUAUCCAUUUACAUACGAAUAUGAUACCGAAGUUGAAGCCGCCCCAACAGUUCCUGUCAAAGCGGAAGAUUCCGAUGACGAUAGUGAUGGCAGGAACUCGGAGCCUGAGGUCUCCAUCAAGUUCAAAUCGACAAGCAACUUUGGGGCUCCCUUUGGGAGGAGGUAG